GACCCGGAUGUGUGACGUCAUAUUUGAGCGACCGCGCUGUCUGAGGACAUGACAGUUAAGUGACCGGUGUGUGUUUCACAAACGCCCCCUGAUCAAGCUGUGCCUCCGUUUUCACAAUGUUGGCUUGUAGUCGCAGUUUGAACAGCGCUGUGGUGUCUGCACUCCGUCUUCUGCGCAGUAAUCAGACUGCCGUCACUGGACAGCUGCAAAGACCUCUGUCCACGCAAACCGACGGAGAGGUCCGCAUCGCAAAGAUACUGAAGGAGAAGUUCCCUGCAGCCUCGUCACUUAAAGUUGUGGAUAUAUCAGGUGGCUGUGGGGCCAUGUAUGAGAUCCACAUAGAAUCCAGUGAGUUCAAAGGAAAAAGGACUGUUCAGCAACACCAGUUAGUCAAUCAGGCACUCAAAGAUGAGAUUCAAAACAUGCAUGGAUUGCGAAUAUUCACAGAUGUUCCAAAACAUUAGAAAAAGUCCUCCUAUUUCUGGCCCACAAAUCUUUCCUUUGUUCACCCUGUCUAGUAUGAAUGCACACCUGGGAGGAAAAAAAGCUGAUAUGUACUAAACUAAUUCUGUGACAUAGAUGUUAAUGUACCAGUGGCAGAAACGCACAGGACCUUAUCUGUAGCAGUUACACACUGACAGUGUGAAACAUGUAAUACAUGUAUGAUUGCUGAGUGAGUUAUCAUGUACUCUGAGAUAAUAUAUUGAACCAAUGAAAGCUGUGAUACGCACAAAAUGGCUUGCUAAAUUGUUAGCAAAGUGUCAAGUCAUGUAGGCUCUUCCCAUUGUGGGGUCUCCUCAGGGCUGAUGGUGAUGCUGGUGUAAUAAUGGACAGUCUCGCAAUGGUGGAGAAUAGCUGCAGACUCUAUUUUUAACUGGGGAUGGAUCUGUUUAUGGAGCAUUAGUUUGCAAUGUCAUUAACUCUGACCACAGUCUGUUACCGUCUAGCUUAAGAUGAUUAAUUUCUAAAUUGGUUACUGGCAUUGGAUUGUACUUUGCUCCUGUGUUUAUGCUACCUAUUACUUUCUAAUGUACCUUGCAAUAAAAGGAAGCUACUUUUGUCGA